AAGGGGAAAAAAAAAAUAAAAAAUAGUUGUGCUCUUUGCAGAAACGGUGUGUUUCUCAAAGUAUCGCUACGACUGUCUAUUGGUCGUUUUGAGCUUUCCCCCUCAUCGGUGAAAGACAUUUUGCAUACCUCCGGCGUCGUUUUGCUUGAUUGUGGCAGUUUUGUUUAAUUAUAAGGAGUGAAUGGAAGCGAAUCCUGGGCCAAUUGAUGGCUCUGUACUGUAUGAUCAAGAUAAACAUGUAUCUGCUGCUGUUUGGGAUGGCCAGGAACGUGGUGCACUUAGAUGCCACGAGCAUACAUCGAAGUUGGGUGAAUGGAAGUUGACCCCGAAACAGAUAGAGUUGGUGGAGAAGGCUGGAUUUGGAUAUUUAAGAAAAAUUCCUGCUAUUAGUUUAGAUAAUCCUCUUAUUUCAGCAUUAGUUGAGAGGUGGAGAAGGGAAACAAAUACAUUUCACUUUGGCGUAGGUGAAAUGACGGUUACUCUUCAAGAUGUUGCGUUAUUGUUGGGAUUGGCAAUUGAUGGGAGGCCUGUUAUCGGCAUAACACAUACAACUUGCAGCUUGGUAUGUGAAAGGCUUCUAGGGAAAGCCCCUGAUUCAAGCUAUGCUAGUGGUGGGAUGGUGAAACUAAGUUGGUUGAAGGAGUACUUUUCUCAUUGUCCUGAAAAUGCUCCGACUGAAGAGGUUGAGCGAUGCACACGUGCCUAUCUUCUCUACCUCGUUGGAAGUACAAUAUUCUCCACGACCACAGGGAAUAAAGUUCCUGUCAUGUAUCUUCCACUAUUUGAAAAUUUUGAAGAAGCUGGGAAUUUUGCCUGGGGAGCAGCAGCAUUGGCUUUCUUAUACAGAGCGCUUGGAAAUGCAUGUGUUAAAUCUCAAAGUACCAUCUGUGGUUGUUUAACCCUUCUACAGUGUUGGAGUUACUUUCAUCUGAAUAUCGGUAGACCAAAGCUCAAUCGGGAUCCCAUUCAUGAUCAUUUUCCAUUUGUACUUAGGUGGAAAGGAAAACAGAGUGGGCCAACAACAAAUCGUGAUGUAGUCUUUUACCGCAAGGCAUUGGAUUCGCUGAAACCGAGUGAUGUGGAGUGGCUUCCUUACAAAUAUAUGGACAGUACUGUAAUACCAGAAGACAUAAAAGAUACAUUGAUUUUAGGAAGAUCAAAGACAAUGCUUAUAUGCUUUGACAAGGCAGAGAGACACCUUCCUGAUCGUUGCUUAAGGCAAUAUGGCAUGCUUCAACCGAUUCCUGAAGAUGUGGUGCGUUGGAUAAGAAAGAGCAGAGGAGUUGAUGGCGGGGUAGACUUGUCCGGAAAAAUGGAAUCGGAACUUAAUGAAUGGUCAGACCGUCGACUCUAUAUUGUGGAUGGUGAUGAUGGUGUAGAUGAAAUUGAGUACAUGCAAUGGUACUCUAGAAUUACUCGUAAAGUUGUAGGGAGACCUAUAUCCUUAUCAUCCGAGUUCCAAAGAACAAUAUCUGGUUUAAGGGAAAUUGCCUACUUGGCAGAUUCGUUCUCAACAAAAGGGUUGGAUGGACAACAAUUUGAGUCAAUUACAAGGAUCAGAUUUAUUGCACAGGACUGUUUGAGGGACCAGGCUGGAAGUCCUGUCACACCAUCAGCUGCUCCACAAAUUGAACUUGGAAAAAGGUCUAGGGGAAAGGAAAGAGUAAGGAGAAAGGCUUCCAUGAAACGCAGGAGAAAGGAUGACCCAGUGGAAUAUUAUGAAGGUAGUGAGGAUGACCAAUCUCAGUUUUACAGUGCAGUUAUUGAGGUUGAUCAAUUACAGUUAUGUCAGGCAGAGGAUGAUGCUCGUGAAUUACAGUUACAUCAGGCAGAUGAGGAGGUUGAUCCGCAACAGCUGUGUCUUACACCUGAUGAGGACAAUACUGGAGAGCUGCAUGUUGUGGUGAGCAAGGCUGAUGAUACACAUCUUAGCAACACAGCUGAUAACAUCAAUAACUCUCAGCUUCAGAAUGCAACUAACAAUGCCAUCAAGGAUUCAAAAGUGUGUGAUGCAACAAUGGAAGUGGUUGAUGAUUCUGAGGCUCAUACUCCAACUAAUGAGGCGAAUGAGUCACAGCGCUGUCAGACAACUAAUGAGGUUCAUGGCUCUAAGCCUUGUGAGACAACAAACAUGGUCAAUGACCAAGAACUGCAUGAUGCAACUGUUAAGGAAGCAAAUGACUCCCAGCUCUCUGAUCCAAUCAAAGAGGCUAAGGACUGGCAUCUCCCUGAUGCAACUCUGGACACAAGGGACUCACAGCUCCCUGAUGUAACUGAAGAGGGAAAUGGCUCACAGCUCCUUGAUGUAAUUGAAGAGGGAAAUGGCUCACAGCUCCCUGAUGUAACUGAAGAGGGAAAUGGCUCACAGCUCCCUGAUGUAACUGAAGAGGGGCUCCCUGAUGUAACUGAAGAGGGAAAUGGCUCACAACUCCCUGAUGCAACUACUGGCAGCAAGGAUUCACAGCUCCCUGAUGCAACUAUUGGCAGCAAGAAUUCACAGCUCCCUGAUGCAUCUGAAGAAGAGAAUGUCAAACUGCUCCCUGAUACAAAUACAGAGGGUAAGGGUGCACAGCUUCCUGAUUCAACUAGAGAGGAGAAUAGCUCACAGAUUCCUCCUGCUACUGAAAAGGGGAAGGGCUCGCAACUUCUUGAUUCAACUAAAGAGCCAAUGGACUUGCAGCUUCAGGAGGCAGCUGAAAAGGGGAAGGAUUCGCAGCUUCUGGAUGCAACAAACAAGGGGAAGGAGUCACAGCUUUCUGAUGCAACUGAAGACAGGAAGGACUUGCAGCUUCAGAAUGUAGCUAAAGAGAAGGACUCUCAGCUUUCUGAUACCACUAACGAGGGGGACUCGCAACCUCCUGAUAGAACUAGAGAGGCCAAUGACUUGCUGCCUCCUGAUGCAACUGAUGAGGCAAAUGGCUCAAAGCUCUCUCAUUAGCUGUUUCAGCUGCCAAAGCAGCACCAAAUGAUAUUCCAAGGGGAGUGGUUAAGAAAUAGAACUUUCAUUUUGUUAUCACAGAUAUGUCAAGACUGACAUUACCAUUGUGCUAAUGCUGGGGAUAAUUGGCAGUAUUAGAAGAAGAUUUUCAUCGUAUCGCUUUUGAGGUUAAAACAUCUGGAUCUUGUGGCUUAAAGACACAAUAUUUUGUUCACGAACAUCGACUUUCAUGUAUCAUCCGAGGGCGCAUAUACUACAAAGAUGCUACCUAGUGUUUAACAUCUUGUCAAUUCAGUAGUUUAGUGAUUGUCUUUAUGCUUGGAAUUGUUCAAGUUCUUUGCUUUGGUUUUUAUUAGGGCGUGAACUGGCUUUCACAUGCUUUUGGAUUAGCUGUUGCUAGUUCUUAGAAUAUGGAUUUCCCUCUGCUGUAUGCAGCAAUUCAAUUAUUCCUAAUUAGGAGCUUCACAUCUUUAGGAUAUUGUCUUAGCAUUGCAGUAGCAUAUUUUUGAUACUAUAUCGAAAAAUAUUUUGAUCUCAACCUUAUAUUUGAGUUUUAAUAUUUGUA